CUGUCGAUCCCAAAUACACCCAGCUCUUGAUUCAAAUGCUCGGAAAGCUACGGACAAACGGUUACGGCCGCUUCAUCAUCCUGCCAGACCUUCCUUCCGACGAUCUCCCAAGCCUCUGCUACAAGAAGUCCACUGGUCUUUUAUCACGGACUGCCGAGUCCAACCAUUCGGAAAGGUUAGUUUUUGAGUCCACUAGGCAUUUUGGAUUGAGAGAAGGGGAAAAGCUGCAGGACUGCUCGUGGUCAGUGAGUUGUUUGGAUUCUGUGACGGUGUGGAAAGAGUUCGUUGAGAAAGUUGGUGAUUUUGUUCUCACCAUGGGCGCGGUGUCCAAUGGAUGGUUCUUGAGGAGCCCUGAGAGUGAAUUGGGAGCAGAUUGGGUGGAAUUGUAGUGGCUGAAGGUGAGAGGCUAUUAUAGCAUUGAGGUUUUUAUUGUAAAUCAGUUGGAAGUCGCCCUUAGGCUUGCAUGGUUGAAUUCUGCUAAUGCUAAGAGACGAGGGGUGAAGUUGAAAGAGAAGUUGAGCACUACAAGAGUUGCCGCCAAUGUAUUUUGGAGGAAGAAAGGCUGCUUAAUUAGACUGGUGGGCAAAAUUAGAUGCUGAAGUUAGAAGGAAAAUCAUAAUUGUUGCGCUUUGGAAACCUUCCAAAGAAUUGAAAGUGGAGAUGGAUAGGUCAUGAGGCAGUGAAAUUGCUUACGAGGAGAUGGUGGCCACCUCAUGGAUGGAAUGAAGAGGUAGCUCCUAC